ACAUUUCUGCACCAUUUCCUAGUCUACCCGUGUGUCUGACUCAAAACUUUCCUUCACUUCUUUCACCUCACACGCACAAUACAGACAAUAAUAACAAUAUUAUUACACUUCCAUUAUUCUAAACCAUCCACACGCACGUGCGCUAUGGCUUCUGCAACAACUGCAAAUGACGCUGCUUCUGCUUCUUCUUCUUCCUUAGGAUCUCCCUGUGGGGCAUGCAAGUUCCUGCGAAGAAAAUGUGCUGCAGACUGCAUCUUUGCACCCUACUUUUGCUCCGAACAAGGAGCUGCAAGAUUCGCAGCCAUUCAUAAGGUUUUCGGGGCUAGCAACGUUUCCAAGUUGCUCUUGCGUAUACCAGAUAACGAUCGUUUUGAGGCAAUGGUCACAAUCGCUUAUGAAGCCCAAGCUCGCAUCAGAGACCCCGUUUACGGUUGUGUCUCCCAUAUAUUCGCCCUGCAACAACAGGUAGCAAGCUUGCAGGCACAGCUAGUGCAAAUGAAGGCACAGCUGGAUCAGAACCAGAUGGUGUACAGGAGCAUGGAGAAUCAUUGGUCAGAGAAUGUUGGACAAACAUUCAAUCCGUUUUGUCUCACUUCCAUGAAUAAUCCUAUUUCUCCUCAGAGCUCACUUGAUUCAAUUGAUUACACCAGCAAUAUAAAUGAUGGAAUAAGCAUGCAAGAUGUGCACAACGGAGAUGAUUUCUCAUUCCAAGCUUGUUCUUGGAAAAGAUCAUACAGCAAUGACUUGGGUGAGCUGCAAGAAUUGGCACUCAGAAUGAUGAGGAAGUGUGAUUAGAAUAGCUAUAAAGAAAAUCCUUAGUUGUUUGUCUUUGUUUUCUUUGGGGUGAUGGAUUUUUACCUAGUGUUGUAUAUACUGACGAGAGAAAACGUGUUUGUCAUAAAUGAUAAGCCUGAACCCGCUACCAUUACAGGCUUUUCUACUUGUGGACUCAUUGCACAAGAAAUCCAAUUUUUGAAGACUAGCAAAGUCUUUCUUUCUCUUGCUCUCUCACUCGCUAUAUACUGCGUUAUAGUUUCUCAGAUUAGUGUAGUAGUUAGCUUCCAAUGUUUAAAUAAAAUGUACUUUUAUUGAAAAUGUGUACAAUA